CAGUCUACAGCCUAGAGUCGUACGGAACACGUGGACUAGUGAUCAAUAGACACCCCUCGAUCAAAAGCGGGAUCAGUUCUCGCCCAGUUCUCGAACCGCGUGCCACACCACCUGGGAAAACGGAUUUCCAUUCCCGUCCAUCGAAGGAUAAACGCAGCAGCAUGAAGUUGAUGCGCACAGCGACUUCGCUGGCUUUGGUCCUGCUCCUGGCCACCAGCUACGUCCGGGCCGAGGACGAAAAGGCAGCCGCUCCCGCCGAGGAGAAGAAGGCUGAGCCGGAGGCCAAGGCUGCCGAGGCGGCGGCCAGCGAGGACACCACCAAGUCGAAGCGAGGACUGCACCACUACGAGGACUACCACCACCACCACCACCACGUGCCCCACUUCCCGGUGCACGAGGAGAAGACCCUGACGGUGAUCAAGAAGGUGCCCGUGCCCGUGCCCAUCGAGAAGAUCGUGCACGUGCCGGUGGAGAAGCACAUCCAUGUGCCCGUUAAGGUCAAGGUGCCCAAGCCCUACCCGGUGAUCAAGCACAUUCCCUACGAGGUUAAGGAGAUCGUGAAGGUGCCCUACGAGGUGCCAGCCCCCUAUCCCGUGGAGAAGCAGGUCCAUGUGCCCGUCCAUGUGCACUACGAUCGCCCUGUGCCCGUUAAGGUUCAUGUGCCCGCUCCUUACCCAGUCGAAAAGAAGGUCCAUGUGCCCGUGAAGGUCCAUGUGCCCGCUCCCUAUCCCGUCGAGAAGAUCGUCCACUACAAUGUCGAGAAGAAGGUGCAUGUUGACAAGCCCUAUCCCGUCGAGAAGGUGGUCCACUACCCCGUGAAGGUGCCCGUCGACAAGCCAGUGCCCCACUACAUCGACAAACCAGUGCCCCACUAUGUUGACAAGCCAGUGCCAGUGCCCGUGAUCAAGAAGGUUCCAGUGCCCGUCCAUGUGCCCUAUGAUCGCCCCGUGCCCGUCCAUGUGGAGAAGCCAGUGCCCUAUGAGGUCAAGGUCCAUGUGCCCGCCCCCUACCCGGUGAUCAAGGAAGUGCCCGUGAAGGUCGAGAAACACGUUCCGUACCCGGUCAAGAUCCCCGUUGAGAAGCCCGUCCAUGUCCACAUCGAGAAGCACGUGCCGGAGUACCACGAGAAGCAUGUCACCUACAAGGAGCCGGAGUUCCACCACAAGCACAUCGAGGAGGACCACCACCACGCUCCCAUCCAUCACCAUUCGCAUCCCAUUGUGGAGCAUGAGCACGAGGUGGAGCAUGAUUUUGCCUCUCAUGAUUAUCAUUCAUAUCACGGCUACUAAACUGGUGAAUCGCACUCUUCUCUCUUUCUCUCCUCUUCUUUCGCUUUUCUUUACAGCAUUGAGAAUGAACUGGUAUGGCAAGCUAAGACUCUUCCAUUUCCACAAUUUCCCAAAUCGAGUUGAAAAAAAAAAGAAAAUCCAGAAAAAGAUACCCAUAACCCGCUACCCAUCAUCCAAUCCAUAACAUACCACCUUUCCUACACAACGUGAUAACCGACAGAGAUUCAGAGAAACCAGACGAGUAGCCGACGAACUUAGCUUUUAGACCGAACUCUCUUCUAGCCGUAAGCCAUAACAUUAAACCGAAAAACGGAACUCAAAUGGAUACCUUGAAACGUUGACGAAACCCGUGAGCCCUGUGAAUGAUUGGAUUGUAAAGGAACUUAGGAUUAAGACUUCCAAGCGACACAUUUGGGCCGCACAGCCCACACAACAACUAGAACAUCAAGAACAUCAACAUCUACAAGAACAAGAACACCAACCCACUUCCCGCCCCUCCAAGACACUCGAUCGAACACAGACAGUUGCCAAGGUCCGGGACUCCAGGAUACCAGGCCUAUUGUACUGCUACGACGAUGUGGACUCUUGGAUGGACGGAAGCGACACCACCUGGGUGCAUCAUCGAUGUGGUUGCUGCUGCUGUUUUGUCCUCCAGCCGCGGCUCCUCCCUCUUCUGCUCUGGUCCACCCCGACUCGUGCACCCGUUCCAGUUCCCAAGUGAGAUGGAUCCAUUGCCAUCCCGUCCUGUACUGAGGAUCGGGAUCAGUCCAUCCAGUUGUGUGCAGCGUCCCAGCGUUGUGAGCGUGUGAUAAGACUACUGAUAGCGUUUAAGCUUGUGCGAUAUUCGAGAUAGGAGACGCCUAUUUAAGUCAGUUUGUAAACGAACGUAUUGUAUUAGUUUUUGUAAUAUUCUUCGCUACCUAGUUUGUAAUACGUCUUUGUAAUACUGCUUGUUCGUAUAAGCAAUCGAAACGGAUUUAUAAAAAGUACUUAAUUUACCAAAUAUUUUUUGACUCUGUAUAAAAACAAACAAACAAACAAAAAAUCUCAUACAACAUGAAGCUGAUUAAUGACACACAAUUAAAUAAAU